AGGUCGGCGUUCAUAUUGGCUCGAGGGAAUGAAUCCCGAGUACGGCGCGAGUCCGUGAAAUCCUUUGAACAUGUCCACAUGCAAGCGGCGCGUUGUCGCCGCCCUCAGCUUGCUGGCAUAUGCCCAAGGAUUUGAGCAGGACGUGCAGCACACGAUGGAAAUCUCAGCCACCGGUGCUGCGAAGUCGAUGAUGCGGCGGCAGGCGGAGGAAGAAUCUGGAGUGGACAAUGGCGGUGAUGUGAGGCUCGCAGCCGACGCCGCCCAGUACGAUGCGCGGUUCCAUGGGAGCAAUGGCAAGGUGCGCCUGAACAAGAACAUCGCGAAGAACGACUGCACCGGUUUGACGCAGGCUACGGCAUGCUCCGAGACCGACGUGAGCGCGACAGCGGCCGCCUGCGAGAGUCACAAGGCGGCGAAAGGAGAUGCGUUCUACCGCUGCUCCUGGAAGCCUUCCGAGCCCAACCACGGGGACGAGCCGGCGGUCCCUGCGGAGUGCUUUCUGGACGAGAAGGUGGGGCCAUGCAGCCGCGUCGGGGACAGCUCUGCACCCAAGGAGUAGGCCGGUGCAGCCAAAGCGGCACAUUCUCGCAAUCCGCGCGAAGCGAUUCGUGUCA